ACUGGUUCCCCCUGUUACUGGUCCCCGCAGUUCCCGCCCUGUCCCCCGCCCGGUGCCGCCCCCCAGGGCGGGUCCCGGUGCGCCCCGACGCUGCGGGGAUGGGCACGGGACCUGGGUCGAUCGGGGACGGGGCUCGGGACCUGGAUUGGGACCGGGAUUGGUACUAGGACAGGGAUCGGGACGGGGACAGGAACAGGGACCAAGCCCAGAGGCUGCGCUGAGGGGUGGGGACCAGGACCAGCUCCGCAAUUGAUACCAGAACCAGGAUUAGUACCGGGACAGGGACCGGGUUGGUGGUGAGGAUUGGUUGUGGCACCGGGACGGGGACUGGAGGCUGCAGUGAGGGGCGGGGACCAGGACAGGGGACCGUGACAAACACUGGACUGGGACGGACACCUGAACCAGGACAGACACUAGCACUGGGACAGAUACCAGACCGGGACUGGUGAGGGGUCGGGGGCUGCGGGGAAGGACCGGGAGCAGGACGAGGGACCUGAGGUCCCGGUGAAGGACGGGGACGGUGCCGGUGGCGGUGACAGUGCUGGGGAUGCUCCGCGGUGCGAUGCUGGUGGCUGUGGCCUACGCAGGGCUGCUGGUCGUGGGGGCGCUGGGGCUGUGGGCUCUGGAGGGGACCCCCCAAACCCCCAACGGCUCCCACUGGGACCCGGCCAGUGCCCUCCUCUUCGUCACCACCCUCCUCACCACCGUGGGCUACGGCUCGGUGACACCCCUCUCAGCUGCCGGCAGAGCCUUCUGCGCCGCCUACGCCGUGGUGGGCGUCCCUGUCACCAUGUUGACCUUGACGGCCACCGCCCGCCGCCUGAUGGGUCCCUUGGCCGACCGGCCCCGGCGGUACCUCCAGGUCCACUGGGGGUUCACCCGGCACAGCGCCGCCCGCACCCACUUUGUCCUCUUGGUGGGCGUCACCAUGGGGGUCCUGGUGCUUCUCCCUGCCGCCGUAUUCCACGUUCUUGAAGACACCUGGAGCUACUUGGACGCCGUUUACUUCUGCGUCAUCUCCCUUUGCACCAUUGGCCUGGGGGACCUCGUGCCGGCCGAGACACCAGGACAGCCCUUCCGGCAGCUCUACCAAGUGGGUGUUGCCGCCUACCUGCUCCUGGGCCUGACAGGCGUCCUGCUCUUGGCCCAGACCUUCCAGCGCCUGGUCGAGCUCCAUGGCGUCACCAGUGUCACCAGUGCCACCUCGUCACCUGCCGGUGACGCUGAAGAAGGCGCCGGCUUGUUGGAGGGGACGAGGGAUGGGGAGAAACCAGCUCGGGGGCACAGGGGGUCAGCAAUGGGUGACACUGGGGGACACCGUGGGGGGGGACAAUAAAAGGGGGGAACCAGAAAGGGGAGGAAAUGGCUUCACUGUGUCGAUCCCAUUAUUUUCGGGGGGGUGGAUUUGUGCGGGUUGUGAGGGGUGCGGGGGGGUCUCAAUCCUGGGAGGACCCAAUGCAAUGGGGAGUCCCCAGUCCCGGGGGGGCUUCCCCAAAUACCACCCCCCCAGACACCCUCGUUUUCUAUAAAAUCUUUAUUCUGUAAAAAUGGGUGGGGGGUCCCCAAAACUGCCCCCCUCUCUCCCAGAGGAACACAGCAAGGAGACUCAUGGGCGCCCCCCCCCACCAUGUGGAGAGGAGGGUCAAGGCACCCCACCCCAACGUUAAGGGAGGGGUCAGGGUGCCCUCCCCCCCCUCCCAAAUCC